UUAUUUGAAGCAUCUAUAAAUAGAAACAUACAUCUAGACGUCAAACACACAAACGCAUAUACCCCACCCACACACACAGGAUGGAAGCUGUCCAAUUACUUCAUAUGAAAGGGGGAAAUGGUGAUGCAAGCUAUUCAAAUAAUUCUCUUCUUCAGAGAAAGGUGAUAUCGAUGACAAAGCCCAUCCUAAAAAAAGCUACAGUAGAUCUUUACAGUGCCAUGAAUUUUCCAAAAACGAUAGUCAUGGCCGAUCUUGGAUGUUCAUCUGGACCAAACACUCUGCUUGUCGCGGCUACGUUUAUCAAAAUGAUUAACGAGAUUAGUCUCAAAAUGGGCCAUGAACCACCCGAAAUCCAAAUUCAUUUGAAUGAUCUUCCAGGAAAUGAUUUUAACAUCGUCUUUCUUUCGUUGCCCAAAUUCCUUGAGAGUUUGAGAAAAGAUGUGUGUCAUUCUAAUCCCUCUACACCUUCUUGUUACUUCAGUGGGGUAGCCGGUUCAUUUUAUACGAGGCUUUUUCCUAGUAAAAGCCUUCAUUUCGUCCAUUCCUCGUACAGUCUUAUGUGGCUCUCUCAGGUUCCUGAACUUGAAGAGACCAACAAAGGGAACAUAUACAUGUCAAGUACAAGUCCAUCAAGUGUAAUAAGAGCAUACUAUCAACAAUUCCAGACAGAUUUUUCGAUGUUUCUCAAGUGUCGUGCAGAUGAGAUGGUGAGUGGAGGGCGUAUGGUUUUGACCAUAUUAGGGAGAAGAAGUGAUGAUCCUUGUAGCAAAGAAUGUUGUUACAUUUGGGAGCUCUUAGCCAUGGCUCUCAAUGAUAUGGUUUAUGAGGGACGAAUAGAAGAAAGUCAAAUGGACUCAUUCAACAUUCCUCAGUAUACACCUAGUCCCAAAGAGGUCAAGAAUGAAGUUGAGAAAGAAGGAUCAUUCUUAAUUGAUUGCCUUGAUGUUUCUGAGGUAACUUGGGAUUCAUCUACAAACAACAACAUCAUACGACUAGAAGAAUGUAAAGAGAGUGACAUUGGAGGAUAUAACAUGGCAAAAUGUAUGAGAGCUGUGGCCGAACCUUUGCUAGUUAGUCACUUUGGAUUGUCCAUAACAAAGGAGGUAUUUCUUAGGUAUAGGAAGAUAAUUAUUAAAUGCAUGUCCAAAGAAGAGACCAAGCUCAUUAAUGUAACUGUAUCCAUGACAACAAAAUCAUGAUCAUGAAAUUCUUCUGAUAUUUUUUUAGUGUCUGUUGAAUGAACUUAGACAACAAAAAUGUUUCUUGAUUUCCUGUUAUUGUAAGCAUGUAUGCGUAUUUUGUGUCCAUGGUGUUGGAACCUGAAAGUGAACCUCUAACAAUCAUCAGCCUUUUGAGGUUCCGAAGUCAGUCAGGUUAGCUCGGAAUGGUGUUCCGAAGUCAACUUGUGGUCCAUAGUCAAAUUGAUGUCUGGAAUGAAGAUGGUGUUCAAAUGAUUGAUGAUCCGAGAUGGUGCAUGUCAGAAUCCGUUUGUUCAUCUGUAUUAAUUACUUUUGUCAUUUACCUUGAUGUAACGUAUCGUAGGACUUAGUCUCUUUUGCCAACUUAGAUAAUCAGACUAUCAGGAGCAACUCUAUUAUCCGGUCCUAUGUAUGUUUAUGGUUAGUACGAUGUAACUUAUUCUCCUAUUUAAGGAGCAUUAAAUGACAAAUCAAACAACGGAUUGUUCUA